AUGUUACAGAAUGUUACUGUUACAGAAUGUUACAUGUACAGAAUGUUACAUGUUACAGAAUGUUACAUGUUACAGAAUGUUACUGUUACAGAAUGUUACAUGUUGCAGAAUGUUACAUGUUACAGAAUGUUACAUGUUACACAAUGUUACAUGUUACACAAUGUUACAUGUUACAGAAUGUUACAUGUUACAGAAUGUUACAUGUUACAGAAUGUUACUGUUACAGAAUGUUACAUGUUACAGAAUGUUACAUGUUACAGAAUGUUACAUAUUCGAGCCGUUCUUGAUUCUGAAAACUGCUUACAAAAUGGUUACAACAUCAUUACAAUUGACUACAAAAUGAUUACAACGUUAUUACAAAUAUUUAGAACAGUCCUACAAUUGAAUAUUAAAUCAUCAGAAAUAUGUGUAAGCAAUUCUGAACACUUGAAUGAUAUCUUGGCUCCCGUUUCAAGAGUCUUCAAUCACGAACACAACAGAGUGCCAUGCAGGAUCGGAUAUCUCAAACUUCCACUUCAUCCGCCCUACAUCUGCUUUCGAGUUAAUGUUCUCAACGUUUGUCAUGUUAAAAGUUGA